CUCCACAAAACAGCUCCUUGAGCCCAAGUCUAAAACUCCUCACCGAGCCCUGGCUUAACUAGCCCCAACCCAAAGCCCAAUUUUUGAAACAUUUUGCCCUCUUCGCUUCAUUUUUCUUUGUUUACGAAAAGGUCCUUCGGUUUCCUCUCUGAUUCUUCUUCUCUCCCAGCUCUCAGCCCCAAACUCUAAACCCCAACUCAUGAACCCGAAGCUCUUCGCCAAAACCCUAAUCCGAAGUGCGAUGACGAGCAGGUCCUACUACACGAGCAGGACCAAGAAGCCGACCCUCUACACCAAAAUCAGUCCGCUUGGAAAUCCCAGCUUAAACGUGGUUCCAGAACUCGACGACUGGGUGUACAAGGGCCACAAGGUCCGUGUCGCCGAGCUUCAGCGCAUCAUUCACGACCUUCGCAAGCGCAAGCGCUUCUCCCAAGCCCUCCAGAUUUCUGAGUGGAUGAAGCAAAAGGGCAUAUGCAUCUUCUCGCCGGUUGAACAUGCUGUGCAGCUGGAUUUGAUUGGCAAGGUUCGUGGGCAUGUUUCCGCGGAAGAAUAUUUCAACAAUUUAAGGGAGGAAGAUAAGAACUUGAAGACGUAUGGUGCUCUUUUGAAUUGCUAUGUCCGGCAGCUCCAAACGGACAAGUCCUUCGCUCAUUUGCGCAAAAUGAAGGAGAUGGGAUUUGCUUCCUCGCCCCUGACUUACAAUGACAUCAUGUGUUUGUAUACGAAUGUUGGCGAGCACGAGAAGGUUCCCGGUGUGCUCACUGAGAUGAAGGAGAACAAUGUCCUGCCCGACAACUUCAGUUAUCGAAUCUGCAUCAAUUCGUACGGCGUGAGGUCUGAUCUUGAAGGAAUGGAAAAGGUUUUGGAAGAGAUGAAGAGCCAGCCUCACAUUGUCAUGGACUGGAAUACUUAUGCUGUUGUAGCCAAUUUCUAUAUAAAAGAAGGCCAAACCCAUAAGGCAAUUAAUGCUCUAAAGAAGUCGGAAGAGAGGCUGGAUAACAAAGAUGGGCUUGGCCACAAUCAUUUGAUUUCACUCUAUGCCAGUAUGGGGAACAAGGAUGAAGUUUUGAGAUUAUGGGGUCUUGAGAAGAGUGCUUGUAAGAGAUGCAUAAACAGGGAUUAUAUCGGCAUGUUGUUAUCUCUGGUGAGGCUUGGGGAGCUCGAUGAAGCUGAGAAGGUAGUGAAGGAGUGGGAAUUGUCCGGAAACUGUUAUGAUUUUCGGGUGCCACAGACUGUUAUUAUAGGGCACACAGUAAAGGGAUUGUAUGAGAGAGCAGAAGCAAUGCUUGGAGACUUAAUGGAGAAGGGGAAAGCAACCACCCCUAAAAGUUGGGAAAUAGUGGCGGCCGGAUAUGUGAAUAAGGGCGAGACGGAAAAAGCUUUUCAGUGCAUGAAGGCUGCUCUCUGUCUGUCUGCAGAGAAAGGAUGGAAGCCUAACUUUAGAGUGAGCACGACCAUAUUGAGUUGGCUUGGUGAUAAAGGCAGUGUUGAAGAUGCGGAAGCUUUUGUUGGGUUACUGAGGAAUGUAAUCCCAGUGAACAAGCAGAUGUAUCAUGCCUUGUUGAAGGCAUAUAUAAGAGGUGGUAAAGAAGUAGAUAGUGUUUUGGACCGUAUGAAAGCUGAUAAAGUAGAAGAUGAUGACAUAGAGACAAAGAAAGUCCUUGCCAUCAGGGAAAACUAGUUUUGAUAACACAAUUUCUUUCUUGUUCUUUCAAUUUUACCCUCAUAAGAUUAAAGUAUUUCGAUUAUUUUAUUGGUUGAAAAGAAAUAGUAAUAUCGAAGCAUAUCAUUCAA